AUGAGCGAUAUUAAAUUUGUUGUUGAUUCACAGUAUUGUAAAAAUUCAUCUUUAGUUAAAUAUGGAAGUGAUUUUUGUUUCGUUAUCAAUGGUCAUCGAUUUUAUACAGCACAAUCACAUGCAGUCGUUUUAAGUGAAACAUUUCGAAACAUCUUGAUUACAGAUAACAGUGCACAAGAGAUUAAUAUUGAUAUUAACAUUAAUAAUAUCAAUCCAAUUGCAAAUAAAGAAUCAUUUAAGAAAGCAUUAAAUAUUUUUUCGAAGUUUGUUCAAGAUGGGUAUGUUUCAGAAAACAUCGACAUCAACACAAGCGAAAUAAUAUAUGACCUCGGUGUUUUUCUCAAGAUCGACGAUUUUAUUUCACAAUACAAAUUUAUAAUUUCAUCAACAGAUAUCAGUGAAUCAAACAUCGAAUCAUUCAUCCGAUACAGUCUUAAAACUGGUGAUUUCAAGAAAACAUGUUCAUUCAUUGCAUCUCAUAUCUCUUCUAUUGGCCCUUCUAAGCUUUGUCUUCUUUUUGAAUCCGUUUAUCAUUCAAUUGUAUUAUCGCAUUUUAACGAAAACAUCGAUGAUAUUUUUAUUGAUUUUAUUUCGUGUAUUUUGAGUGAUGAACAUGUUUUUGUCUACAGCGAAGAUGAUAUUUGUGAUUUUGUCAUUUCAUUCAACAAAACAUUUUCACCUUUAUUACCAAUUUCAGAAACAUCAAAAUUGGACAAACUGAUUGAAUUCAUCAGAUUUGAAUUCUGCACUAACGAAAGAAUUUCUCGAUUUAUCAACUUUUAUUCUUCAUUUAUCAACUCUUUUGAUAAAGAAAUCAAAACAGGAAAUAAAUCAGUUGACAAUAUUCAAAAAGAAAAUGAAAUCUUCACUCAUUUAUUUGAGACAUUUAUGUUAUCAUCAAAUGAUAGUAAAGAAACCAAACAAUUUGAUAAAAUUGCAUCAACAGAUGAAAAUAAAAAAAUAUUGAAAAUGUAUUGGACUUCAAAAAAUUUCUUCGAUCUUUAUGAUACAUUUGAAAAAUGUAGUCAAGAACGAGAUCUUUAUUCGAUCAAAUUUGCUGUUGAUAAUGGAAUCAGAGUAUGUCCUCACGCAAUUGUGGAAUAA